CAACAACAACAACCACAAAUGUGAUUAUCAUCAAUGAUCAAUCAUCAUUAGUAGUAUUGGAUAAUGAUUUAUUGAAUCGAUAUAAUAAUGAUGAUAAAAUUCUAGCGACUGAUCAUGCGCACAUUGAUAAUUGGAAUAAUUAUCUGUCAUCAUCAUCAUUAUCAUUAUUAUCACAAUUACCAAGCUCAAAUCAUCAUCAUCAUAAUCGUAAUCGUAAUGAUAAAUUUGAUGAAAAUCUUAUCAUUACUACUAAUAGUAAUGUUGACGAUGAUCAAAUGAAUCCAUCCAUCAAUUUAACAUCAUCAUCAUCCUCAUCUUCGAUUUUAUUAUUCAAUCAGGAUAAUAAUAAUAAUAAUGUUUUUCGUCAAAAUGAUGAUGCAUAUGAUGAUGAUGAUGAUGAUGAAGUUUUCAUUGCAUCAACCCAUUCGACAACAUCGACAAACGAUAAUGAUGAUGAUGAUUUAUGGUCUCGUUCACAUUCGGAAAUUAUUUUCCGUUUGAUUGGUGCAAUUAUUUGUGUUGCAUUGAUUAUUGUAACUAUUGUUGGUAAUGUAUUGGUUAUUAUUGUUGUUGUACGUUUUCAUCGUAUGCGUACUGUUACAAAUAUACUUCUUGCAAGUUUAGCAAUAGCUGAUAUAACUGUUGCAAGUUUAGUAAUGCCAUUCACUGUUGUUUAUGAUCUAUAUCGUUUUUGGCCUUGGGGACCAGUAUUAUGUCAUUUUUGGAUAUCAUGUGAUGUUAUGUGCUGUACAGCAAGUAUAUUACAUUUAUGUUGUGUUGCAAUCGAUAGAUUUUGGGCAAUAACACGUCCAUUACGUUAUCGUUCAUUAAUAUCAAAAAGACGUUUAUUCUGUUGUAUAUUAAGCAUAUGGCUUUGUUCAGCUGCAAUAUCAUUUAUACCAAUAUUUUCCGGUUGGUAUCAUUCACAAGGACCGAUUAAUAUAUUUACACUUGAAUAUGUUAACGAAUGUGGACUUGAUGUAAAUCGUAUUUAUGCAACAAUAUCAUCAUUAACAUCAUUUUAUCUUCCAUUACCAAUAAUGUUUUAUGUUUAUUUACGUAUUUUAUUGGUUGCUGAAAGACAAUCAAGAGAAAUUAAACAAUUGGAACAAUCAUUACGACAAAAUGGUUUUCUUUCAAUGAAUUAUCCCACUACUACCACUACUACUCCCGCAAUGCCGCAACAACUACAACAAAGAAAAUCUGAUUGUCCAAUGGCACCGAUAACAUUGUUACAACAUCAAUCAACAACACCAACAUCGAUAACAUUAACACCAGCAGCAGCCACAGCAGCAGAAACCGAAACAAUUAACAAAUCAAAUGGACAAAAUGUUCAUUUUCAUUUUAGUUCAUUGUUGAAUGUAAAUCAAAUUAAUAACAACAAUGAUAAUGAUGAUGCAGAUGAAUCCUGUUCACCAAAUAAAUUAUCAUUACCAUUAUCAUCAACAACAACAAAACAACAAUCAUUGAAAACAACAAUAAAUUAUUCAAGUAGUAUGGAUCUUACUGAAUUGGCUGCUAUUAGUUCGAAAGGAACUGGUGGUGGUAGAUUAUCAACAACAACAACAACAGCAAAAAAUCAUCAUUUGGUUGAUCAAACAUCAUUGGAAACAUCCAAACGUCAUGUUGAACGUAGUCUACGUAGACGUGCACGGCAAUUAAUUACAGAUACAAAAGCUAUUCGUACAUUAGGAAUUGUUAUGGGUGUUUUUUGUUUAUGUUGGUUACCAUUUUUUAUAAUGUACGUUAUAUCAGCUUAUUGUGAUCAAUGUAAUAUCAGUUAUGAAUUACGUUCCGGUAUUACAUGGUUAGGUUAUGUUAAUAGUGCACUAAAUCCAGCCAUUUAUGCUUAUCUAAAUAAAGAAUUUAAAAUGGCAUUUAAACGUGUUUUAUUCUGUAUGCCACAUUGUAAUAAUGAUAAUUUUGAUCGUGAUACAAUGUUGGAUGAAUAUUCUAAUGCAUCACAUCGUCAUGUUGGUGGUGGUGGCAGCACUGGCGCUGGUGGUCAUCGAACAACAAAACGAAUCAAUGAACAUCAUCAUUUUGGUUUUAUGAUCGAUACGGAUGAAGGUGGUGGUGGCGCUGGUGGUGGACCAGCACGUCAAUCAUCAACAGCAUUAGAUAUAAUUCCAUUACCAUCAACACCGGGUUAUUUAACUCGUACGCCAAGCAAUGCUACCGAAACACCUAAUUGGAUUAUUUUACAUGCACAACAACAUCAUCAACAACAACAACAACAACUUGCUGAUAACAAUGGUGGUAGCAGUUGAUAUCAAUUAUUAAUGA